AUGAGCCAUAUUGGCUCCGCCUCAACCAAUGAUGAUGAUGAGCAUUGGCUUGAUGUUGACGAUGCUACGUCGCUGCCAUCAAUAUCUUUAGAUGAGGCUCUAUUACAGAUCGAUCAAUUUGACGAUUCUCUGCUUUUGAACGAUCAACUCUAUGCUGAUGACGAUUCGACGCUCGGGGGCGAGAUCUUCAGCGGAAGAAGCUCGGCCGAUGCCUCCACGAACUUUCAAUACACGUUGGAAUGCCCACUCAGCUACAGUCAGUGUGACUCGAUCACUGCCGUGGUGCAAUCAGUCGAGUCUCAAUAUGGCCGUGCUCGCGCCCUCGCGUAUUGUAUCGAACGCUUGGCUUUGACGGAAGCACUUCUACAUUCGGUGAAAGGCGAAGAGCGCCUGGGCUCCGGCUCCUGUGCAGCGUUUUCCGAGGAUGGAAGUCAUCUAGCGAUCGGCUAUAGUAAGGGCGCUGUUCGGAUCAUCAACGCGUCUACCGGAUCCAGCGUUUAUAUUAUCCACGAGGCUGGCCAGCCGGGCCGCGGUAUCCUACAAACGGUAUUCUUAUCCAGACAACGAACUCUACUUGCACUGGAUUCUGGAGGAUCGGUCUUCGAAAUCCGACUCCGAAGGAAGAUAACUGGAAAACGGAAAGAAUUGAUAAACUGUAUAUUCUCUGGGUGCAAUGGAGAAGUUGUUUUUAUGCGCUACGUUCCGGUUCAUCACCUCCUCGUCCUCGUUACAUUGACAAAGGUGCUCGUCGUCUCUACGAACCACGGCGGCGCGGUGUUGUGCAGUGUUCAGUUAGAAGGCGCACCCGACGCUCCCCCGCAGUGUGAUUACUGGCUGGAGGGUCGUGAAUCCGUGCGCAUGUGCUUCGGCCGUGGCACCCAGCUCUUUGUCUAUCGUGUUUUCCCGGGCCGACUCGCGCUCAAGGGCGUAAAAUCUGCAGAGCUGAUUGCGAACAUCGAGACGUCAGUGCCGCUCAUCUCAUUCAGCUUCAUCUCCGAAUCGUUCAUUUGGUAUCUCGACGUCAAGGAGGCUCCUGGGGUGUACGACGUGAACACUAGGACCGCUUUACCCCAGCUCACGCCCCCAACACUCGAAAUCAUCUACGCGACGGCUGAUUUCAAGGCUUGUCGCUACAAUAUUGGAAAAUUUCUAUGCUCGGCGAUCCACAAGUUUGUCCUACUGAGUCCAAUCGAGCUGAUCGACAACUUUUUAUCGAGGAAAGACCACAUCUCUGCCUCACUUUAUGCUUUGGACAUCGUCAAGGGAAAAGUGAAGGCGGCGCGAAGCCAAAGCAUACGGUCAAAAGUCGAGAAGAAGCUGGACGAAAUCAUCUACCUUCUCGUAGAAUGGAUUAUGGAUGGUUUGCCAGGCGGGAAAGUGGCGGUCCUAGUAGCGCACUAUCGGAAAUACAUCGACCUGCUGCUAAAAGUUUGCCACCAGGCCGACCGCAUGGCCCUUUUUUAUACGAUUGGGUAUCCAAGAAUCGAACAAGACGGGCUGGCCCGCGCGGUGAUGUUCGAGCUGCUCGACGAGGCUGUCAUGGACGGGGCAUUGGUCGACCCGCCACCCUCUUUGGUCGCAGAUUACUUGCAAAACCUCCAAAAUGAAGGUCAUUUUGCGCAACUCCAAGCGGCCAUCGUUCGUCUCCCAAUCUACUGCAUCGAUAUACAUUGGGUAAUGUCGACGUGCCGUCAGAAUCGCCUCUUCGACGGCAUCAUAUACAUUUCCAACAAGGCGCUAUACGAUUUCGUUGGCCCGCUGGAGGAGCUGAUGACGAACGUGUCGCUAUUCUCGGAGCGCGAGCUGCGCGCAGACAGCGAAAUUGACAUAGGGAACAAGCUGAUGCUUUACCUCUAUUGUUGUCUGGCGGGUCAGGCAUAUCCAUUUGGUGAUCUCCCGCCAGAGCUCGUCGACAAGGUUCCCCUAGAGGUCUAUCGUUGCAUCACUUCAUUGCGGGGCAAAGAUGGCGUCGCUAGCGAAGAGAGAUACCCAUAUCUGCGGCAAUUGCUCCAAUUCGAUGCGCAGCAGUUCUUCCAUGUGCUUUGCCAAUGUGCCGGUGUUGCGCUGUUUUCAGCGGAGAAUCGGUUAGAACGGCUAUUGGAUAUCUUGUGCACCCUAUGCAUCGAGCUGUUGAACGAGCCGAUUCUGGAGCAGAUGCUGUUGUGCAUCGCUCACCUUGCCGCCAAUGCCCGCAUACUGCCACAGACGACGAAGCUUGAAGAGGCCGUCCAUGCCCUGCUGAUGAUGCCGACCCUCAGCGAGAGCGCCGAAACGGCUGUCGUUGAUGUGUUGCGCGCAGUGCCGGAAAUCCCGCUUCAACAUCCUCUACAAUUGGCGCAAAGAAGCCCGUUGAAGACGAAGACUUGUACCUAUAUUCUAUCGACAGAACGCCGUUUUAUCGAACUGAUCGACUGCUUCCUCCGCCAUGGCGCGCCAACGACCGAGCUGUUUUCCGUGAUCACCCGCUUCUUAUGCUACGAGUUGACCCCUGGCGAAUACAAGGACCUGACGACAUAUUUGAAGGAACACUUGGAGGAGCUAACCAGCCUAUCGCCAAAAGACGCUGCCGCCCUGGUCGUCGACCACUUCAUCGACCAUUUUGCCAGGCUUCGCCCAAUGCCCGGCGCGGAUCUACGCGAUUCGAUGGCGCAUUUCCCGCUGCUGAAGGAGUGCUUCCAGUUGAAACGUGAUCGUGGCGAACAUGCGAUGACGAUGGAUGAUGCGCUGGACGAAGAUCUCUUCUCCCUCACCUUCCACGGACUCAUCGAUGAGCACAACGAUUAUUCCGAAAAGCUGGACGCUAUCCUCACGGACUGGCUCCGUUACUGGCUGCCGCUCGGUUCGAGGAGCGACCGCUGCCUCAAUGCCGCAUCGGCCGUUGAGGCUACCGAAGCCUGUGUGCUGCUUCUAGAGGCGCGCGGCUUCAGCGGACGUGCAUUCGAGUUGCUGAAGCAGCGGCUGGUCGAGGAAUCGUCAAAGGUCGAGAUCAACGACGAGGCGCUUUUGCAACAGAUCGACCGUUGUGUCCAGUUCUGCAGCUGUCACGUUGAGGAGGCGAGGGCGGGAGGUUGGAUGCCGACGCUCUUCCGCCACGUUAUCGCGUUGACGCAGAAUCGGCAGAAUAAUAAUCUCGGGGUCCGUUCCCGAUUGCUGUCGAUGACGCGUCGUAUGCUGGAAUCCGAUACUUCGAUCGCCGUCGAACUUAUUACUGCUCUCUAUGAAGCACCUUUCUUUGCCGAAGCCAAAUAUGGUGAGAACGCCGCCCUUCUCGACUCUAUCCUGAUGGCCUGCUCGUAUCAAAAAGCUAUUCUCACCUCGCUGCACUCGUGCCAAGACGAGGAGAUGAGCGAUGCGAUGAUGAAAUUAUCCCAGCUGUCGACGAAGCGUUUGCCCCGACUGGCUGGCGGGCCAUGUAUCAAGUGUCGAGGGUCGAUCGACAAAGCUGCUUAUGUGUUUAGUUGUGGCCACCUGAUUCACAUGGAAUGCGACGAGAACGGCAGCCGGACGUGCCCUUGUGAAGCCCCCGGGGCCCCAAAGUAUCCCGAGACUCUUCCGGUGAUGCCACCUAACCGAGCUGUGGCCAAGCGAAAUGUCUUUGCCAACUGGAAUGAAGACCCUGAUUGUGCACCGCGGCCACGUAAUCUGCUGCGCGAAAAGCGAGGCCGACAACUU